ACCAUGUAAUGCUCCCUCCAUCUCUCUCCCUCCUCAAAAGCAGGGCAUCCUCUCUUGCAGCCCGUCAUCGGAGUCUGCCAGCAAGGCGUCUAACGAUGUCCUCGUUCGAAUACAACCAAGCGCCUCUGCGCGUCGUCUUCGGUAGCGGAACGCUCGCGAAAGUGCCCGCGGAACUCCACCGUCUCAAAGUCAGCAAACCGCUGAUCCUCUGUACUCCUGAACAGACAUUCCAAGCCGAGAAGAUUGAGGAGGUCGUCAAGUCUGGGGAGGGCAUCACACCCGCCGGUGUCUUCCCCAAGGCGACGAUGCACACCCCCGGGCAUAUCACCGACGAAGCGCUUGAGUUCCUCAAGUCCUCUGGUGCGGACAGCUUAGUGAGCAUUGGUGGGGGUUCAACGACAGGGCUGGGUAAGGCGCUCGCUGUGCGUACGGGCUUGCCACACCUCAGCGUACCUACAACAUAUGCUGGAAGCGAGAUGACACCUAUCUUGGGAGAGACGGUUGGAGGAGAGAAGAGGACGAGGAGCGAUCCCAAGAUCCUACCUACAGCAGUCAUUUACGAUGUGGAUCUGACAAUGACCUUACCGUCUGGUCUGAGUGCGACGAGCGGUGUGAACGCGAUCGCCCACUCAGUUGAGGGGCUAUAUGCGCAAAACGGCAAUCCAAUCAUGUCCCUAAUGGCACUCGAAGGCAUUCGCUCACUCGCAGCAUCCCUUCCUACUGUCGUCGCAACCCCCUCUGACGUCCAUACUCGUUCCCAAGCCCUGUACGGUGCCUGGUUAUGCGGCGCGGUUCUCGGUAAUGUCGGUAUGGCAUUGCACCACAAACUGUGCCAUACACUUGGGGGGUCUUUCAAUCUCCCCCACGCAGAAACGCACACAAUCGUCCUCCCUCAUGCACUGGCAUACAAUGCCCCCGCCAUUCCGGAGGUGAUGCACAAACUGGCCGACGCCCUUCCUGGCAGUGACGGCGAUGCGAUCCACGGCUUGAACAUACUUCUCACGAAGCUGAAGGUCAAGCGGGGACUGAAAGAGUUUGGCAUGAAGGAGGAGGAUGUCGACAAGGCAGCUGAGAUUGCUACUCGAAACCCGUACUGGAAUCCGAGAGAUAUCGAGAAGGACAAGAUUCGGGAAGUCAUACGGCGGUGCUGGGCAGGUGAGGAGGCUAGGGCAGAUUUGUGAAUACACGUAAUGUACAAACAAGCACGGCAUUC